UUUGGUCAGGAAACUGUUUUCUUUUUCAAAUCUGUCCAUCAGAUAUCUUUAGAACACCUGUUAUGCCCAAGCAAAUAAGACAUAUGUACUCCUGCACUAAGGGCGUGUACAAUAAAAGCAUUAGGUAGGAAGUGAGGACUAUUAAAAGGUACGAUAUAGAGCCAGGAGGGCUCAGAGGUAGGAGAAAUCAUGUCUGGCCCAGGGUAGUCCGGAAGCCUACUGGAGGGAGUGGCUGCAAUGAACUGAAGCGGGCCUGAGAGGAAAAAGCAUUCCUAGCAUGGAGAAUGGCAUCAGCUGAGGCUUGAAGAUAACCUGUUUUUCCUAUGGUAAAGACGACAUCUGGCUGAUGAGCAGCGUGGUGAGGUCACUGAGUGAGGCAGAGGCGCAGACCUGGGAAACAGAGGACGAUGACAUGGCAGAAGGUGAUUUAGGGUAUGGCCUCGGAAGAAGGCCCGGCGGUAUUUAUGAAGUGCAAAUUUCACAUUUAUUUACAUCUAGAAAAAGGUCAGAUGAACGGAACUUUGGCCCUCCCCCAUUUCCAAGAAAGGGGGAAGAAAGAAGUGGUGCUGUUUUUCAGCAUUCCAGGAGUGAGAGCUUGCAACAUACAUACCCUGAAGUGUCCAGAAUUUCCCAUCACAGACGACAAAGUAGCACUGAUUCUAAUUCAGAAUUGUCAAAUGUAGAAUUAAAGCAACGUCUUGAUGAAACAUUAGAGGAGGUAGAAAUUUUAAAAACUGAACUUGAGGCAUCUCAAAGACAACUUGAAGGUAAAGAGGAAGCACUGAAAAUUCUUCAAAGCAUGGCAAUGUUUGGCAAAGCCACAAGUCAUACUCAGGCAGUGCUUCAAAAAACUGUGGAACAAAAGAGAUCCUUGGAGAAGGAAAUAAAUGCCUUGCAGUGGGAAAUAGAAUUUGAUCAUGAUAGAUUUAAAAAUAUAGAGGAAUCUUGGACCCAAAAAUAUGACAGGCUAAACUGUGAAAAUGGAGUCCUCAAAGAAACUUUGAAAUUAAAAACAGAAGAAAUUAAAAUGCUGAAGUCUGAAAAUGCAAGUUUAAAUCAACAGUAUUUGGAGGUGCUCGCUAUGCUUGAUAUCAAACAGCAGAAGAUGGUUCAGGAAAACAUGUGCCAUGAUAAAGGUGGCUUUACAGAGGUUUCAGGUCUUGAGCUUGCAGUCCUUGGAGCCUGCCUCUGUCAUGGUCCCAAAGGGAGCCCCUGUUCCUGUGCCAAAAUGGCAGCAUCUGCUCGGAAAAUGCUUCUUCAGUCCAAACAAGAGUUGGAACUUUUGCAGAAGAGUAAAGAAGAAGCUUACAUAAUGGCAGAUGCAUUCAGAAUUGCAUUUGAGCAACAAUUAAUGAGGAAAAAUGACCAUGCACUAAGAUUGACACAAAUGGAUAAACCGUGUAAAAAAGAAACAAAGUGGAAAAAUUGGAAGCAGCUUAAAGAGGAUGGAUCACUAUCACAGAAGACUAAGAAGACCUUAGGGAGGAAACUAUUGGAUAUGCUUCCUUCAGAAAACAGUUCUAAGAGGACUGAAGAUCAGGAUAAUCCUCAGGAAGCCUUUAAGAUGCUAAUAGAUCUGCUGAAUGAUAAAGAAGAAGCUUUGGCUCAUCAGAGAAAAGUUAGUUACAUGCUUGCUAGGGCAUUGGAAGACAAAGACUCAAAAGAAAAUAAAGAAAAAAAUCCUAUGAAAGACAAUUUUACAUUAAAAAAUACCUGGCAGAAAACUUCAGAAUUCUCUGCUUUGCGUGAUCCUAUACAUUCAAGUGCUGAAAUUUUUAAUUCUGUGGGCUGCAUUUGUUCAAUCCAGCACCUUCAUACAGAUCAAAACUACACAAGAACUCUGAAAAGGUCCCUUUCUUUGCCAUCAAAUAUCAUGUUUUGAAGACAAACCAGUUGAAAUUUGAACUGAGAGCUGUUUAUAUCAAGAGACUUUGAAAAAGGAUUGUAUAAAUGUUGCUACAUCUUCAGAAGUUGUGUUUUCUGGAUAUUUCUAAAUUUUAGGAGACAGCUUAAAUACUCAAAUGCUUUCUACGAGAAAUUUAUUAGUAUUCUCUGUUGAUGUAUUCUAUUUAUAAAUUAUAUUACUGUAUUUUAUGGAAUUUUCAGUAUUUACCAACAUCUUAAAAACAAAUAGUGAUUUCUCAUUAGCUCAAGUGACAAUAUAAUGUAAAUUAAGGCUUUAAGAAAUAACAAUGCCUAGGGGUUAAUUUUUGAAAUACAUCUAUUUAUCUUGUUUUAUUUGUGUUUCUCAGGAUUUUUCAUUUUCCACAUAACAGUUUAAAAAUAAUUUCCUUAAGUUAACUUCAACAAGAAGUUACUAUGGUGGGACUCUGGCAGAAGUAUAUUCAAAGUCAUAGCUAGUUACCUUCAUAGCUUCUUUUAUUGUCAGACUGGUGACAUUUUAUAGCCAAAUCUACACAGAAUGCUGGUACAUAGACCAUUCUGAUUUAACUUCUUGGUUUUGAUGCUGAGUUUUAGGCCAUUUUAUUUUCUUUUUCUAUAAAUAUUACAUAAGUAAUAAUCUUUAAUACCUUUUGGGAAUAUUGCUAUAUUAAUAGCAUUACAAUUAUGUCAAAGGAAAUGCAUUGCUUUGUGAGCAAUUAUAAUAAAACAUCUAAGUAUGAUCUCUAGUGAAUUGAAAAAGAUAUAUGGUUACACUGAAUACUACUACUUAAAUACAUAAUAGGGUCAUAAGGUAAUAACAUAGACCAUUUAUAGUUGUGUUAAAAGGAGAGCAUUUAGCUGGCAUUAGUAAACAAUAAUUAAUAAAAGCUGAAAACUUAGCAAAUACAUUUUGUAAAAAGGAGAAAGGAAAAGUAUUGUUACCAGAUAUUAAAAUGUACUGUCCUGAUAAUAACAUAAGCUACAUUAUUUAAAGUAGUGUCAUUAUCAGCAGGGCAAUGGAAUAAAAUAAAGACCAUACACAGAUCUAGUAUAUAUAAUAAUUUCAUAUAAAAUAAAAGGGAUUAUUUAACAAUACCAAAAUUGGAAGUGUAAGAAAUCAAAUUAAAAAAACUGGAAAGGUUCUUUUUAAUGUGUGUGUGUAUGCGUAUAUAUAAAACAAACUCAUAUAAAUUGAUAAAAUUUGUAAUAUUCUGACAGAUGGACAGAGAAUCUGAAUCAAUAGUUCAUAAAAGACAGAUUACAUGUGGUUAGCAAACAUGAAGAUAUAUUCAGCCACAGUAGAAAUCAAUGAAACAAAUUAUGAGAUAUUUGUGAAAGAUUACAAAGAUUAUGUGAGUUCUAGGGAUGAUGUGAAACAUACUUACAUACAGUGUUGAUGAAUGUAUAUAUUUGAGACCCUGUAUUCAAUUUUUUUGAGUAUAUAUUCUUAAGUGAAAUUGCUGGAUAUGAUAAUUAUAUUUUUAAUUACGUGAGGAAGCAUAGGUUUCCAUAUGGGCUGUACCAUUUUACAUUCUCGCCAACAGUGUACAAGGGUCCCAAUUUCUCCACAUCCUUGCCAACACGUUUUUUUAUAGUAGCCCUAAUAGGUAUGAGGUGAUAUCUCACCGUGGUUUUGCCUUACAUUUCCCCAGUGAUUACUAACAUUCAGCAUCUUUUUCAUGUAUUUGCCAUUUCCAUAUCACUUUUGGUGAAAUGUCUAUUCAAGUCCUUUGCCCAUUUUUUAAAUUGGAUUUUUUAAAAUCGCUGAGCUAUGAGAGUUCUUUAUAUAUUCUGGAUAUUAACCACUUAUCUGAUAUAUCAUUUGCAAAUAUUCUUUCCCAUUCCAAAGGUCGCCUUUACACUCUGUUGAUUAUGUCCUUUGAUGCACACAAGUUUUUAAUUAUGAUGUAGUCCCAUUUAUCUAUUUUUUGCUUUUGUUGCCUGUGCUUUUGGGUUCAUAUCCAGGAAGUCCUUGUCAAAUCUAACGUCAUGAAGGUUUUCCUCUAAAAGUUUUGAUAGUUUCAGGUCUUUGAUCCACUUUGAGUUAAUUUCUGUAUAUGCUGUAGGGUAAGGGGCUUCUUUGUUUUUAAGAACUAUUGAACAGCUACUGGAGUAUAAAUUAAUACAACUACUUUGGAGAAAUAUGGCAACAUCAACACUAAUUAAAAAUGCAUAUGCAUAUAAAUAUUCCUUUAUUAAUAACUGUGAAAGAAUGAAAAUAACCUAAAUGUCCAUGUGGUAGAAUUCUAAAGAUGGCCCUCAAGAUUCUCAUCUAGGGAUGAUCUAGGUACUGCCUGCCAUCCAGAGAUUUUUAAAAUGUAUGUCAAGUCCAAGUGAAUUGACCUUAAUAUCUAGAUAACCCAAUCAGAUGAGCCCCCAUUGUUUUUUAAAAAGCAGAGAUUUCUCUCUUGGUAGUAGAUGAGGAAGCCAGACAGAUUUUAGGCACUGUGGUUGGCUUGAAGAUGGAGAGUGCCACGUGACAAGGCACGUGGACUGCCUUGAGAGAGAGACUCCUGGCUGACAGCUAGAAGGACAGGAGGCGCGUGCAUUAAAACGGCAUAAGCUUGAAAGCAGAUUCUUCCCUAGAGCCCAAGAUAAGAGCCCAGUCUGACAGCUUGAUUUCGGACCAUGCAAAAAAUAUAGUUGAGCAACGCCAGAUAACUGACCUAUAGAACUGUGAGCUAAUAAAUUUGGGUUAAGCUGCUACAUUUAUGGUAAAUUUUACACAGCAAAGGAAAAAAAUAACAGUUCAUAAAUAGAGCAUGGGUAAGUAGUGUUAUAUACAGUCUCUUUACACAC